AGUAGUUGCGCCCUCUAAAGUUCCAAACCAACACUUCAGAACUGCCUGCCUCCAUUUCUCUGUGCGUUUCUUAUCCAUGGCUUCCACUUUCGUCACUGUACCAAAACCCUUUGUGUACAAAACCAACGCUCCCUCUUUCUCUAACCAGAGACUACUAGGUCUGCGGAGAAACUCUCUGAGAGUCAACGCAAUUUCCAAGAAAUGGGAGCCCACCAAGGUGGUUCCACAAGCUGAUCGAGUUCUCAUUCGUCUUGAGGAGCUGCCUGAGAAAUCAUCUGGUGGAGUUUUAUUGCCCAAAUCAGCUGUUAAGUUUGAGCGGUAUCUUAUGGGAGAAAUUCUCUCUGUUGGUGCUGAGGUUAAGGAAGUGGAGGCUGGGAAGAAGGUUCUUUUCUCAGACAUCAAUGCCUAUGAGGUGGAUUUAGGAUCGGAUGCUAAGCACUGCUUUUGUAAAUCAAGUGAGUUGUUGGCUGUGGUUGAGUAGCGUUCGGCACUUGGCAAUCUCCAAGAUUUAGAUGAGACUGCUUCUCUAUGAUUCUUGACCUCUUUUGUGCACUUUCUAUUAAGUUUAAAGCUUUCUUCUUGCAUAUCAAUCUCUCUGACACCCUGUAGUAGAGAAACAUCCAGCAUGUUGAAUUUUGUACUACAAUUUAUUCAGGGUGGAAAUCAGAAUUUGGCCUCGUGAAAA